AUGAUGCGUUAUAAGACAAGUAGGACACUUCUGGUGCAGGGUGCUGCUUUGAAAUACAUGACGACAACAAUACCUCAUAUAAUAACUAUAUUUAGUCCUCUAGAGCUCAGUAAACUACUAGUUGAAUUUUUUGACAAUAUGCAACCUGAAAGACUGUCCAAGCAAAAAAUGAAGAGUAUCAAUGAUUUAGUUCAUAGUGAAUUGUUUAAACGAACAGAUUGUCGGCAAAUUUUGCUUCCUAUGAUCCUAUCCCACACAGCUGUUCUUUUGGAGAAUGAACGGGAAAUGGAGGGAUGUGCUAUGGUACUUAAUGACAUAAUGGACAUAUUCUAUCAUACGAGAAAUGAAAAUGAUCUGUCAACAAUGAUUCAGCGCAUGUUACGGACAGUGAUUCAGACAGUUAUACGAAUGGAUUGGGAAAAGGAUCUUGUUGGCAAUUUUGUUGCUGUGAUGAUGGCAAUUCUCAGCCAGAUGACGGAACAUCACUACAAAAUUUACAUUGAGUCUUUCCCUUACAGAUGUGAUCUACAAGAUUUCCUUACUGAAAUUCUCAUGGUUCUCCGUAAUUUAAUUACCAAGAAUGUUUACAGAGAUGACUGGAACGACAUGAUUCUUUUGCAGAACAGCAUUAUUCUGCGUGCGCUAAGAUUUUUUGCUCAUACAAUCAAUGAUGAAUUCUCCAGCCCUUUUCUUUAUGAGCUCUGGAAUAGUUUCUUCUUCUGUGCAGUUUCAUUCCUCACCCAAGAACCUCUGCAGUUGGAAAAGUUUUCUGCUAAUAAACGGACAAAAAUUAUUUCAAGGUAUAAAGACAUGAGACGCGAGAUGGGAUUUGAAAUUCGAAGUAUGUGGUUCAAUCUUGGUCAAAACAAAUCCAGCUUUAUUCCAGGACUUGUAGGUAAAAUUUUGGAAAUGACAUUGGUUCCUGAAACUGAAUUACGCAAGGCUACCAUUCCAAUCUUCUUUGAUAUGAUGCAGUGCGAGUUCCUGCAGGUAUCAGGACGCGGAUACAAGCAUAACUUUUUCCAGGUGGAAAAUCAAAUAAUCACAGAAUUAGAUGUUUUAGUGGAAGGUGGCCGAGGUGAUGAACAGUACAUGGAAUUAAUGUAUGAAACCCUCAAAGGAUUAUUUGAAAAAAAUAAGUAUAUGAUGCAACAGGGUCAAGUGUUUGUGGAAAUGAUUCGGAAAUUACUUCAGCAUUUACUUGAAUAUCGAAGUAUUAUUCGGGAUGAAGUAAAGGAACAUCGAAUGAGUUGCAUUGUCAAUUUAUUGAAUUUCUACCAAGAGAUAGAUCGCCAGGAGAUGUAUGUCCGUUAUCUCCAUAAACUGUGUGAUCUCCACUUAGACUGUGAUAAUUACACGGAAGCUGCCUGUGCCCUCAUGCAGUAUGCUAAGUUGCUGCAGUGGUCAUGUGAUCCUAUCCCCCCCAUGUUGGAAAGUGCCAAGUAUCAUGAAUGUAAAACACAAUCCGAACUCAAAGAAAAACUCUACUGUGAAACAAUAAAAUACUUUGAGCAAGGAAAGAUUUGGGAGAAAGGAAUUGAGUUGUGUAAAGAAUUGGCAAAUCAGUAUGAAAAUGAAUUGUUUGAUUAUGAAAAUUUGAGUGCCUUACUGAAAAAACAAGCAGACUUAUAUGAUAGUAUCAUGAAAAAAGAGAAAGAUCGGCACCCUCCAGAGUACUUUCGUGUUGCCUAUUAUGGUAAAGGGUACCCUUCAUUCUUACAGAACAAAAUGUACAUUCACAGAGGCAAAGAAUAUGAAAGAUUAUCAGACUUUAGUGCUCGUCUUCAAACAAUGUUCCCAAAUGCUGAGUUGUUGAAAACUCUAUCUACCCCAGGAGAAGACAUCACUUUGUCUAAUAAACAAUAUUUACAAAUUAAUGCUGUCAAUCCAAUCCAAGACCUUAAAGAACAUUUCAAAAAUAAGACUGUGAGUGAACCAAUUCUCAAGUACUAUGCAGUGAAUGAGAUCCAAAAGUUCUCUUACUCUCGACGUCUUGAUGAAAGUGUCACAGAUGUAAAAGAUAUGUGGUUGGAACGAACAAUCUUAGUCACUUCUCAUCCUUUUCCAGGGAUUUUACAAUGGUUCCCAGUUGUUUCUACUGAAGUGGUGAAAGUCAGUCCCUUGGAGACUGCUAUUGAAACUCUGGAGGGCACCAAUAAGAAAUUACGAACAUUGAUUGACCAGCACAAUAAAGAUUCAAAUUUACGGCCAGAUGCAUUAACCAUGUUGUUAAAUGGUGUUGUGGAUCCAGCUGUUAACAAAGGAAUUCUUAAUUACAAGGAGUUUUAUUCUAGUGAAUAUUUGAAGGUCAAUGAUGAAAAGAGAAACAUUACAGAAUUGGUCAGCAAACUCAAGCAACUUACUUUAAACCAGGGUAUUUUGUUGCGAGAAGCCCUCCAGGUUCACAAACGUUGUGCAUCUGAAAACCUAAAACCCUUGCAAGCCCACAUGGAGCAACGGUUUUCGGAAUUGUGUAUUCUCAUUGAAAAGGAGUGUGGCAUUAGGAUUGCUGAUAAAGGAUUUACAAGUUCAGUAAAAAGAAACCAGUCCUCGUUGUCAAUGGCAUCUCGGAACAGUAGUGGAUCGGUAGCUGGCAUGUCAGAUGUAAAUAAUACAAGUAAUUCAUCUCCCACAAUUCGGAGCAAUCCAACCAUGCGUUCUCGAUCCAUUUCAUGUGUUCAAGUGGCCAAUGCUAAUCAGGAACGGUCCAACAGUCUAACACUUACCACACCACUCAAGAACAUUAUAAAGAGGGCCUCCCAGGUCUCAGAUCAUAGCAGUAGUACCUCAAGCAGUCAACGUAAUUCUGCUGAACAGUUGAUUGAGCUUAAUGAGCAGCUAUCAACUAAACGUCCCCCCCGGCCAGAUCCUGAGCGCAGAAACAGCCGGCCUGCCAGUCAGUUUCGAUCUGAUCAGCCUCUUUCUCUUCUCAAUAUUAGUGCUUCUAGUCUAUGUUCAAACACGUCUACAAAUACACAAGAAACCUCUGAGCCAACCAGUGAUGACUCUGAAAGUUCCGGUGAGCCACCUCCUCUUCCUGAGAAACAAGCCUAUGCAGAUUACACAAACACCGUAGGGGAGGAGUCGCCAAUCAUUCCACAACGCAUGAUCACAAAAACAGGGCAAAAGAAUAAGCCUCCUCCUCCAAUUCCUGUUGAAGAAGAGAUCUUACCUCCAGUACCCCGGAAACCACCAUUGCCUCGAUAA